AUGGUCGUCAAACGCCGUGGAAAUGGCCGGUUAGGCAAACCUCCGACAGAUACUGGAGUGAGUGAGAACUCUACCGGUGGAACCCCACCCCCGGAGUCUGCUUCUCAACGUGGCGGGGCGAAACAAACUACGGUUGCUUCCGCGAUCAAGCAGCCCGCUUCGAUGCCCGACGGCUCGUUGUCGCAGGAUCGACGAAAGCGCCGCCGUAGGUUAUCGGUGCCAGAGGAGGUGGCCCAUGCCGUUGUGGAGGGGGAAGAAGCUACAGGUGCUGUAAGGGAUGAAAGACUACCCGAAAAUACUCGAGUUGUUGAACCUCAAUUGAAUGAUCAUGAUGGUAAAGAGAGAUACCCUCUGGGCGUUGUCCAGUUCCCAGAGGAGCAGCGCCCGUGGAGGAGCGCAAGGCGUAAAGCUGGGGUAGCUGAGGGAGGUAGUGACGAGGUUAACGCCGCACAGCUUCCUCCGACGGGCAACGCUGUGCCGCAGAAACCAACUAGGCGUUUAGGUAGAGCAUCUGCCCCUCCGAUACCACCUGUCGGUACUGUUGAACAUGAUUUGCAGACAACUGGUGGAACGUGUACGAGUGCUCCUAUUGCGGGUGACCGCGCUUCCCGAACGUUUCAGGCGGCGGCGAGCCCCUCCGAAGAUAUUAAACAAAGGCCGCAUAGAAUUCCAUUGAUAAUAGAUAAGGGGCGUUUCAGUAAGCAAAAAGUCGAGGCUCCUCCCGGGACCGCAACCGUGGUGCCCAUGGACACUGGAGAAAACCAGGCUGGCGUUUGUGAAGCAAACUCCGCACCACCAACUUCCUGUUCCCACCGUGGCGCCCAGCGCUUGGGGCAUGGCCAACCUGCUGAUGGCACAAGUGGUGCUGUUGAUAGUAUAGAGGAGGGGCCCGGGCGCGGAAUUGAGGAAGCCUCCGUGGACGCGCGACGUAGGAGGUUUAUGCAGGUGCCGGUGAGCAGAAUCUCGUUGUAUACACGGCUUGCCGAGGGGGGUUUGGAUGCUGCCGACCGCCCAUUUGUCACAUGUGUGGUAAAACAUGCCCAAUCGUCUGUUUCCGCAUGGGUAUCCGGGUUCUUGUCGCCUUGA